CUAAUAUCACUGUGCAAUUGCUAUGCCUUUUUCUUCUUUUCUGGAUAACGUUCAUAUAGUCAGUCAUCUUUGAAUCUUGACACAAACUCAUACAUACCCUUAUCAGUAACUAGCCCCUCCAUUUCUCCUCUGAAUUUCUCAUUUUUCAUAAAUGGCUAGUGCUUCAGCUACUUGUCUCAGAUUUGGGUGUUCAGCCAAUCAGUCGUUCAACACAUCUCAGAUAAGCAGAGGUGUGAAGUUGGUCUCUGUGGGUUGGGGAAGGACUGCUGGUUUCCCUUCUCUCAGAACAUCCCGUUUCCAUGUUGCAGCUGCAAAGGCAGAGACAGUGGAUAAGGUGAUAAGCAUAGUGAGGAAGCAACUGGCUUUACCUGCAGAGACUAAAGUCGGCCCUGAAAGUACGUUUAGUAAGGACCUUGGUGCUGACUCUCUUGACACUGUGGAGAUUGUGAUGGCCUUGGAGGAGGAGUUUGGGAUUGCAGUAGAAGAAGAGAAUUCUGAGAAUAUUGCAACAGUACAAGAUGCUGCUGACUUGAUUGAAAAACUUGUUGAAAAAAAGUAGACAAAUUAAUAGGAUGGAAAAAUGAGAGUGAGUUUAGCUCAAUUUUUAUGGACUAAUUACUAUUGUAAUGUAAUUCUUAUUCUUGGAUUACAUCCUUGCUAUUAGCAUUCUUUUUGGGUAUCUGAAUGAUGACUUUUCUUUCGUA